CCCUGUCGUAUGGUCAUACGGUCCAUAACCGUUGAAACUCAGUGGGAGCCGGUCGAUUAGUAAUCGACCCCUUAACUUCAACGACUGCCUAGAACUGACUCGGAAACCAUACGUGUUGAGGUACAUCAUAGGAAGGCAAGUACUCAUAUGCUCUUUGUUUCUUUGCAUGGUAAUUCGUGUCCUUUUAAUCCUCAGAAACCUGAAAGAAAGUUCGUGGACCGUAACGUGGAAUCUCUAAAGUCAUCAUCGCAUCUACGCCAGCAACUCGACCUUACCACCGGAGGAAAUGGCAAAAUCAUUCUUUGCAAGACUCUUCCAACCGACUUGGUCCAACGCGGCUUCAAAAGGGUCAAAAUAUACUGGCAAUGACACUCCUGAGAGCGCGUAUGACGAAGUUGAACCAUGGAUCAAGACCGACUUGGAUAUACCUAUAGAUGCAACCAACCGCGAUAAAUGGCCCAGCCUCGUCUUGCAAGCCCGAAGGCAUAUGAGAUGCCAUCCCUAUCAUCCAAAACGCCUCCCCAAAAACUAUCAACCUUUCCAAAUGGUCGUGGACUCUCCAGAAGACGAAGGCGAGAGGUCAAGGAAGGAAGUCGACAUAUCCGAACCGCCCACGUUCCCCCUGUUCACGGAACUACCCAAAGAGCUCAGAGACAAGAUCUUGCUCUCGUCACAGGCCCCAAUUAUCAUGGAGGGCUUCGCAGUAAUGGACCAAGAAUGGAGAGGGGGCCCGCAAGCACACUUUCGCUCGUACAGGUCCUGGCAUCAAAUACCUCUAUACGCCGUCAGCCGCGAGACGAGAGCGCUGGCCAUCACCUUCUUCGGUGAACCUGACCCGCUCUCUGUACCGUUCAACCCGACUCAAGACGCCAUCCUCUUGGACUGGGAUGGUUCCAAACAUGCUGAGCGUGGUUGGACGGGCAAUCACAAAAGCCCUGGGCCAGUACUGACGACUCGCCGCUGGAAUGCAUCUGAGGAGUGGGCGAUGCCGAGGAAUCUGUGCGAUAGGGUCCAUCACGUCAAGGUUGACGCACGUCACGCCGCUUGCGAGAAUGCCGACAAGGGGGAGAAGGUGUCUUGGCGGCUCGUGUUCGGGCUUCUUAAAGAGCACUUCCGUAACAUGACGAUGUUAGAGGUGAACCUGUCGGACUUGGACGAUAAGAGAUUCGAGGGGACGUACGACCCGGUGGGCCAGGAGCUUUACAGGAUUGAUCAACUCGAUCUUUUUGACGAGCUGGAAGAAAUGUCUGAUGAUGGGCGGGUGCCGUUCCAGAGCUUAAGGCGCUUUACCAUCAUUCCGGAACUCCAGACUCCUCUUCAGGCCGAGAGAGAGAUUCUGAAGUUCCGAAAGGCUGGAGGCGGCCAUUUUAAAGUCUUUAGACAGGGUCAGAUUCCUAAGGUCAGAUAGCGAACCAUGUUUCUAUGAGAGGGAUGAUCGGACACAGGCGGGGCUUCAACUAUUAUUGUUUGGCCAAGUCUUCUCGGAAACCCCUGCCCUGGUAGCAAUAUAGUACUCAUACCUCCUUCAUGCUGCGUCUUACAGACAGCUCGCAACAUCUUGAUGUGAAAGAGCGACCUGCCUACUCAGGCAAGCUUCCGCGCUUCCUAUUUAGAACGGGGUGACCUGCAAGUAACUCUCUUGA